AUGGCAGUCAUAGUAAAGACUGGUAAGUGCGUAUCACCAGGAGAUGUUUUGUAUGCUACUGACAUCUAUGAUGCAAUAGGCACCAUAGUGGUGGCUGCAUCCGAUACCGGAGCUGUUAGUGCUGGUAAUCAUGCUGACGAUGCCAUUAUUGCUGGGACCGGAUGCUAUUCUCGUGUUGUUUCCAAGUCUGAUGGUGCGGUGUCAAGCCAAAUCAUUACGACACUUCUGGGCAUUGUGCAGUGGAGUGGCAAUGUCGUUUCGGUACGGCAGCCGACAAAAAGGGCCCGCGACGCCACGACAAUUGAAGUGGUGUCGCUAAACGCUUUAAAGGACGCGGGUACUUGUGGAGACUCGGCUACGCCACGUUUGUCAACGCCGGGAGAAGCAACUUCAUCAGUGAGCGAAACACCGGCCUCAACUGCGGUGUCGACUGCGCCAAAGUCAUUGUGGAUUUCGACAUCAGUAUUCGGGCCCCGUAUGGGAGAUAAUGUUCAUCUGCGUGUCGUCCGCGUAUCCCGCUCCUUCGCGUAUGGCGAGAUCAUAGCCGUAAACGGAACGUGGUGCAGUAACAGUGGUAGCAACGGUGGUGGUGGCGGGGCACUGGGUGGUUUUCGAGGUGUUAUUCGGAUGGAGGACAUUCGCCCCUUCAAGCCCCGAAAGGAUCAACUGACACCACCGCCACCUGCUGAUGCUUUUCAGGAUGGUGAUGUGGUGGUUGCAACGGUGUUGUCACAGUCGGAUGUGCGGCAGUACCAACUGAGUACUGUAGCUGAGCAUUGUGGUGUUGUGGAGGCCUUCACAGUGUUGAACAGCAACGGUCGCGAGAGGCGCGUGCGAUUGCGGCACAUUCCCGAGUGUCGCGACAUAAUGAAGUGCCCACUAAGCGGUAAUUUGCACCGCCGGUGGUGCCCGCUAAUUCGGUUAGUCUAA